UAAGUCGAAGGAAAAGGAAGUGAAGAAGUGAACUUAGUUUCCAGCAGGUUGCUGUGUUUGGACGAAGAUGCUGGUUAGGAAAUGACAGCUGUGCUGUCUGGUGUCGUCCAGGCGGUGACUGACUGACCGAUGCCUUCAUCAUGACUCUGAGCUGCAGCGCCCUGGUCGUCGCCCUCCUGCUGUCCCAGGCCCGAGGCUUCCUGGGCCCCUCGGAGGACGACGGCCUGCCCGAGGAGUGGGUGCUGCUCCACGUUGUCCAGGGCCACAUCGGGGCCGGGAACUACAGCUACCUGCGCCUCAACCAUGAUGGCAGGAUCAUCUUGCACAUGCAGAGCCUGAAGGGGGACGCCGACCUCUACGUGUCGGACAAAACGCUGCGGCCGAGCUUCGACACCUACAAGCUGCAGUCGGUCACCUGCGGCCACGACGUGGUGGUGGUGCCGGGGGACUUCGCCAGGCCUGUGGGCAUCGGCAUCUACGGCCACCCGUCUCACAAGGAGAGCGAGUUUGAGAUGCGGGUGUUUUACGAUCAGACGGUUCCUCAGGACCCGUUCGAUAAGGGCUCAUACGAUUCAGAAGACAUACAUAAGAAAAAGAAAUCCCCUCAAGCGGCGGAGGAGGACUUUCAGGAGGAGGAGUCGAUCUUUUGGACAAUUCUAAUUGGACUUUUGAAGAUUAUACUUGAGAUUCUGUUUUGAAAAUGGUUUUCCUCUGAUUCUGCAGGAGGAGAUUCUACUUCUUCUUUUGGCUCAGUCGGCCACGACAUGUUAGAAAAGAUCUUUCAUUCUGUGAGGAUGAGAAAAUGUUGCAACCAAACUCCAGUGAGAUUGCUGGCGGGUUGUUUUUUUUUAGCAAAAUCCCAGUGCAAAUCAGUUUUAAAAAGAAGCUGCAAGUCUAAACUGUUUUCCCAGUGAAGCCUGACAAAUCAGAAAAAUGUUUGGAAAAAAAUAAUAGUCUGUAUGUUUGGUGAUUUGUUAAUGAGCCGCUCUGAUUCAGCAGAUGUUGCUUUGGUGUCACGGGUAAGACAUAAUGAAGGUGAAUGAAUAUUAAGGUGAAAAUGUUCAGUGAUGGCGUAAAUUUGAGCCUUUUGUGAUUUACAUUGAACCAAAAGAGGGGAGUAUUUCUGAAGUCUUAAAGGAUCGGUUUAGUCUUUAAUACAACACACAAAUGCUGCACGUAAGUUGAAGGAGUUACUGGUUACUUUUAUCGUUCCGUCCGUCCGUGCUGGUCCUGGAGAGAUCUGAUCCACAGUCCUCAUUAAGGCCUCUGUAUGCUUCAAAUAAUCUAUGAUCUAAUAUAUUAUAUAAUCUUUUUUAUUGGCGAGAUAAAAGGCCUAGAGCCUGAUAUAAUAAUCAGCUGAUAUUGGCGUAAAUGUUGCUUGAUACAGUCAUGGAAUAAAUGUCCAUGGUUUUCUUAAUAAUAACCAAAAUCAUUAUCAAGAAAACCAUGGAAAAUGUCUAGAUAUCAGCUCUUAAAUUAAACUCUUAUCAGCUUUUUUUGUUAUCAUUAUAUAUGUCCAAACAAACGUACCUUUAGUUGUACCAGGCAUUAAAAUGAACAAGAAAUUGAAGAAAAAAAUGGUCUAAUAUUUUUUUCCAUGACUGGAUGUGCAGUUCUAAAACCUUUUUUUUAGUCAGAAUAAUAAAAUAAGUCUUUGUUAAACUUUGGGAACAUUUUUGCACGGAUUAAAUCUUAGAGAUCUCGUCUUGAUUUGUAAGACCAGUAGGAACUGUAUGUGAGCGUUGUAUUUUAGACUGACUUGAAAUCUGAACAAAUCCUUUUGACGUCAUUGUAAAUCUUUAAAAAUCAAAUUGGGAGAUUUCUGUCUACUCUUGGCCUAUGAAUGAACGACACCGCUUGUCUUAACUCUGCAUAUCAAAACACCUCACAGUAACAUGUGGGUUUAAACAUAUAAAAAAACAACUUAGCAAUACAGUCAUUGUCAGCCAUUAUGAGGAAAAUGUGUUGUUUUCCAGAGGAUUAUUGGUAUUACAUCUGGAUAAAUAAACUAUUAUGGUAUCAUUGGACAUGUAGGAAGGCUUGUAAAAGUGAAAUAAUGAUGGGAUUUUUACUGCUACACUGAUUUUUGCCUGAUAAUGAAGGUAAAGACGCUGCUGAAUACGCUGAUUCACUGUUUAAUUUAGACUCCAAACAAGGAUUUCUUGAGUCGAUGCUACGAAACUGUUAAACACAUCAGUAGCAACAUUUCAUUUGGUUUAUUAAACACUCACUUUGUGUUUUUUUUUGUUUUUGUUUUUCUUGCCUGUUGGACAAGCUCCUGAUUUUAGAAACAUCACCUCCAGCGUUUGGAGUUCAGUUCAGAGUGAAACUUGCGACCACUGAGCAGAAAUGUUCAACAGUGCCUUCAGAGCUCCGUCUGCUGCAGACGAUUCAAACCAGGUUUCUAAAAUAAAGCUGUCAUUUUACAGACUGUUAAA